CCCGGAGUAUGGCAGUUACAGCCGUUGAUAGUCUCACACUCUCAUUACUUUCACCCCCCACACUGUAACACCACGAUAACCAUGGCUCGCGGCGUCGAAGGAAAUGAGAUGUCAACGCCUCGCGCUUCACAAAAGAAGCAGCCCGCCUCCGCGUCGCAAUCGGCAAAUGGCCAAAAGUCCAUUUUGGGUUUCUUCCAAAAGAAGUCUACCAACUCACCAAGCCCCGCGCCAUCCGAUGCCACACCGGUCAACAAGACUCCAACAUCAAAAUUGGCCAAGAAGGCGUUCAAUGAUCCGCCCGCAGCCAUCACACCUGUGCCGAGCAGCGAUGCCCCCGACUACUCGAGUCCCAUCAAACAAGAACAUGAGUUGACAAUAGGAAGAGGAAGGAACAAGGAGAAUGAGCCCGCAGAUGUCACUCCCAGUAGCCCAACACGCAAGGCACGAAAGCCGGUCAACUAUGCCGAAUCCGAUGACGAAGAAGAGGACGUAUUAGGUCCAAUUGCGAACAAUGCUAGAGGCAGAGCGACGAAGCGCCAGCGGGUCGUUGUCGACGACGAUUCAGACGACGAAUUCGGAUUAGACGCGGCCACACAGAAGGCUAUGCUUGAGGAAGAAGACGAGGACGACUUGGAAGACUUCGUUGUUGCAGAUGAUUCUGACGAGGAGGUUGUAUCGAAGAAACGCAAACGUUCAGCAGCGCCUAAGAGUCGUGUCAGGUCAGCUCCCGCAUCAUCACCGCCUAUAAUCGAGGCAAAGGACGAUGAAGAAGAUGGAGACGUUGUAAUGACUAGCACGUCGACUGCACAACAAUGGAUCUACGAUCCCGAGAACCCGAUGGUCUUCAAGCCCCGCACGUCCAUACAAGCGACCAAGAAGGACCCCAGUAAGAAGACGAAAGAGCGACCAAGCGCAUCAGAGCCUGAGACGAGAUAUUCAUGGCUCGCGCACCAAAUGGACGCUGAUCGGCAUCCAGUCGAUCACCCAGACUACGACCCCCGUACACUUUAUAUCCCUCCGGGCGCUUGGGGCAAGUUCUCAGCUUUCGAGACGCAAUAUUGGGAGAUCAAGAGCAAGUGGUGGGAUACCGUUGUCUUCUUCAAGAAAGGCAAAUUUUACGAGCUCUACGAGAAGGACGCCUCGAUUGGCCACCAGCUCUUCGACCUCAAGCUGACUGAUCGGGUCAACAUGAGGAUGGUGGGUGUACCAGAAGCUUCGCUGGACAUGUGGGCAACACAGUUUGUAGCGGCAGGACACAAAGUUGCCAGAGUCGACCAGAUGGAGUCGGCUUUGGGCAAAGAGAUGCGGGAACGCGACGACAAGGGCAAAACUCCGAAGAAAGCUGGCAAAGAGAACAAAGUGAUUCGAAGAGAGCUCGCUACAGUACUCACAUCCGGUACACUUGUGGACACAGGCAUGCUUCAAAGCGAAAUGUCCACAUAUUGUAUGGCUAUCAAGGAGAUCGACCGCAAUAACCUGCCAGCGUUCGGAAUAGCGUUCGUCGACACUGCUACUGCUCAAUUCCAACUCUGCGAGUUCACCGACGAUGUCGACAUGACGAAGUUCGAAACCCUCAUUGCGCAGAUGAGACCUGGCGAGUUACUCCUGGAAAAGUCUUGUAUAUCUGCGAAAGUUCUACGAAUACUCAAGAAUAAUACUCCACCCACAACGAUCUGGAACUACCUGAAGCCUAACAAGGAGUUUUGGCCAGCGGAUAUCACCAUUCGCGAAUUGGAAGCGAACAACUAUUUUGAGUCACCUACAGAAGACAAUAUUGAGGCUUGGCCGCCAGUUCUCCGCGAAGCUCGAGAGCAAGAACUGGUCAUGUCAUCAUUCGGUGCUCUUCUACAAUACCUGCGGUCGUUGAUGAUCGAGCGCGAUCUUGUCACACUUGGAAACUUCCAAUGGUACGACCCCAUACGGAAGGCUACCAGUCUGGUUCUUGAUGGUCAAAGCUUGAUUAAUCUGGAGAUAUUCGCCAACACAUUCGACGGAUCAACUGAAGGCACUUUGUUCGCCAUGCUCAAUCGCUGCAUUACUCCGUUCGGCAAGCGAUUACUCAGGCAAUGGGUAUGCCACCCUCUUGCAGAUGCGACCAAGAUCAACGCACGUUUGGACGCCGUGGAUGCACUGAACGCCGACUCUACCAUCAUGGAGAAUUUCAGCGCGUCUCUCAGUAAAUUGCCAGAUCUUGAACGUCUCAUCUCUCGCGUACAUGCGGGCCGAUGUAGGGCGCAGGACUUUCUCAAAGUAUUGGAAGGCUUUGAGCAGAUCGAGUAUACUAUUAGCUUGUUGAAGCAAUUCGGCGAAGGCGAGGGUCUUAUCGGACAACUCAUCUCCUCGAUGCCUGAUUUGGCUGCAUCACUGGCAAAAUGGAACUCAGCCUUUGAUCGAGACAUCGCCCGGAAAGAAGGACUUCUCAUUCCUGAGCCUGGCAUCGAAGAGGACUUUGAUAACAGCCAGCAGGAGAUCGACACUUGCAAAGCUAAUUUGGAUGUACUGCUGAAGAAGGUUCGAAAAGAGCUCAACUCAAACGCUGUUCAAUAUAACGACAUCGGCAAGGAGAUCUACCAGCUGGAGGUGCCCAAGAAGGUCAAAGUUCCCAACAGCUGGGACCAAAUGUCAGCUACUGCCAAGGUCACUCGAUACUACACACCUGAGCUUCGAAAGCUAGUACGAGCACUACAAGAAGCACAGGAGACGCAUGGCCAGAUCACCCGUGAAGUUGCUACUCGCUUUUGCCAACGCUUCGACGAGGACUACAAAGUCUGGCUCGCGGCCGUCAAGAUCAUUGCUCAGCUAGAUUGCUUGAUCAGUCUUGCGAAAGCAUCUGCUUCACUCGGAGAGCCUAGCUGCCGUCCUGUUUUCGAAGAUGGCAACCGUACUGUCGUUGAGUUUGAAGAACUCCGCCACCCGUGCAUGCUCAAUACAGUCGACGACUUCAUCCCCAACGAUAUCAGGCUAGGCGGCGACUCUGCCAACAUCAGUCUGCUCACUGGUGCAAACGCAGCGGGUAAAUCUACCAUCCUUCGCAUGACUUGUAUCGCGGUCAUCCUCGCACAAGUGGGAUGUUACCUACCUUGUACAUCGGCCAGACUCACACCAGUCGAUCGCAUCAUGUCCCGUCUCGGCGCCAACGACAACAUCUUUGCUGCCCAGUCUACCUUCUUUGUUGAGCUCUCUGAAACACAGAAGAUCCUUUCGGAAGCUACACCUCGCUCUCUUGUCAUCCUCGACGAGCUCGGUCGUGGAACAUCUUCUUACGAUGGUGUUGCGGUUGCCCAAGCUGUUUUGCACGAUAUCAGUUCACGUGUAGGCUGCGUCGGUUUCUUCGCCACCCACUACCGAUCUUUGGCCAAGGAAUUCGAGUUCCACCCUGAGGUCGAGAACAAGCGUAUGCGUAUCCACGUCGACGAUGCAUCCAAGUCCAUCACCUUCCUCUACAAACUGGAGCAGGGUGUGGCUGAAGGUAGUUUUGGUAUGCACUGUGCAGCCAUGUGUGGCAUUCCGAACAAAGUCAUUGAGAAUGCAGAGAAGGCGGCUAGGGAAUGGGAGCACACUAGUAGGCUGGGAGAGAGAAUGGAGGUCAAUAAGGAUGAGGGCGGCGUGUAUGUACCACUGGGUCUGCAGAGUGACGUUGCUUGGACGCUGAGGGAAGGCUUGGAGGGAGUCGGUGAUCGGGCGCUGGAUGUGCUGCUCGAGGCUAUCUCCGCGCUAUAAGUGUGUGGUGUCGUCCAGGGAAGUGUGUAAGAUAUGGUAAAAGGCGUAAGAUGGUGGAGCUGGUCAGGCUUAUGGGAUAUAUUCAUAUGGGACUGGGUACCAGAUGUCGGUUGAUUUAGCAUUCGCGCUGUAAUUAUGUACUGUUAGUUAGCGUAUCGUAUGUUAAUUCAACC